UCUGUUGUCGUGUACAAAUAUCUUCUCCACGUCACAUUCCGUCGUCUUCAGUUACAGAGCCCAUACUCAAAAACCAUUUCAAUGGCGGUUGAUGUCAACUAACACACACACACACACACCUCAAUCGCAGCUCCUACUACUUCAUCAUCUCUCUUACUUCUCUAAUCUCAUCACCAAAUCUCAAGAUGGAGAAUUUCUAUGGUAUUAGCAACUCAAAAGGUCCUAAACACAGUAACCAGUCAUCCUCACAAAACUUUGCAUUGCUGAAUCCUUAUUGCCAGCACUUAGAUCAACUGGCAGAUCAGUAUCUGUUAAAUGAUGUCAACACUACUGCAUUAAGAAACUUGAAUCCAAAUCUCAGAUACUUGCACUCUGGUAGGUCGGUUUUGGCACCACCUUCAUCGGUUUCAGACUAUCAGCCUUCUGUUGGACAGAUGUAUCAUAAUAACAGCAAUAACCUGAGGAUUGAGUCAAGAAUGGAGUUGCCACAUGAGUCUAGGUCACCUUUUCGUUAUAGCAUUACUCCUGUGAAACUGGAGGAAGAUGUGGUGGUGCUUGAUGGUGAUAUUGUGAAUAGUUUACCGGUUGAAAGGUCUAGAUCAUCGUCGUUGUCUUUGACAGAUUCUAGUGGCUCAUCAUCAUCUGGUGGUAAGAGUUAUAAGACGGAGCUUUGUCUGUCUUACUUACAGAAUUCUGGUUUCUGUCGAUAUGGAUCAAAAUGCCAGUUCGCACAUGGCACCAAAGAGCUGCAUCCAGUUCCAUUUUCUUACAAGAGCAUGGCUGAGACCCCCUGCAAGAACUAUAGUCUAUCAGGAACAUGUUCAUUCGGGUCCAAGUGUCGCUUUCUUCACCAUGAAACAUCUACACCACCAUCUUCAACUACUCGGACCAUCUCGCAGAUCAAACCAGAUGAGCCCACCAGUAGCACUGUGAACCUUAAAAGCAGUAAUUGGUCCCCUAUGGAUGAUGAUAUUGAGAUUCAGUUGAAGGGAGAUUUUGAUUCUUACGCAAACAAGGUUCUUUAUGGCCCGCAAAGGAGAAAUAGGCUGCCAGCGUUCACUCACAUUUGCCCAGAGUAAGACUUUGUCAACACACACCAGUAGUACUUCUCUCUUGUUUUGUGAAUGAGUACUUUUUCAACACACAUAUUACUUCUCUGUUAAUUGUUUUGUGAAUGAGUUUUUGAUAAACAUACAACUUGGUAGAGUCCGUUUGAUUGAUGCGAUAAAUAAUCGAGCUUGAACAGUUUAAUGGACAAUUCUUGCAUGGGUGA